AUGACUAUUGAUACUGAUCAUAUUUCAGCCUCUGAUCCAAAAGGCGUAAACGCUUUGAAAAGGAAGUACACUAGGUCAGCUAAGGCCUGCAUAGAAUGUCAUAACAAAAAGGUCAAAUGUGAUGUCUCCACCAAGCCAGAAAAUACAAAAUGUACCAACUGUAUACACAACAAUUUAGAAUGUGUCAUCUAUGUGAGAAAGAAAAGGUGCUCAAACAAGAGGAAACAUUUUGUACCGUCUAACGAACCCAUAAAACAAGAUCAGUUGAGUGCAGAGAUCCCACCUAAAGAUAAUCAUAGAAGUCCCCCCAAAGGUGUGUUUACAGAUGCACAUAUUCCUGGCAACGACAAAAAUACCCUAAUUGGUUGCAGUUGCCCUGUACCUAAAUUUGCAACUAAAGGUAAUGUCAGUAUUCUAAACACCAACUUAAACGAAAUAGAAUCGAUACCGGAGAAGCAAGAUACUUCCUUGAUUCCCCCUUUUCCUUCUAGUAUUUUAAAGGCGCCAAUUCAGAACGAGUUCCCUUAUAUUAGUUCUAUAAAGCUUGAUCCCAAUGAUGUGUUGAAGGAAAAUAUGCGUGAUUUGAUGAUGACCGAAUUUGGUCUACACGAGUCCAUAAACAACCAUCUUACCACUAUUCUCGAUAACGCCCUCUACCAAAUCACUGAGAAUAAUAAACGUGCAUAUAGUCUAGACACUAUAGAUUUCCAGGUUUUGGAAAUAAAUGGAUGCUUUACUUUACCAGAUGAGGAAACAUGUUGGAAGUGUAUCAGAAAUUUUUUUGAGUACAUAAAUCCUCAAUUGCCGAUAGUUGAUAAACAGUGGUUUUAUAAAAACUACGCAGAUCUAAGGCGGCCGCCCUCCUUGUUGUUACUUUAUUCGAUUCUCUUUAUAGGGGCCUGGCAUGCUAACUCUGAAGAUGAUGAUAUAGAAAAACAGAAUGAAAAUAUCAAGAUUUCACAGGUCUUUUUCCGAAGAGCAAAGCUAUUGUAUGAAUGCUCUAUUGAAGUCGAGCCAAUUGCCAUAAUUCAAUCAUUAAUUUUGUUUUCCUUCAAUAACAACAGCAUGUCGAGUUUGUCAAAAAUCGAAUAUUAUUGGUCACAUGUGGCCGUUGUUGUAGCCUUGCAAUAUGGGUUCCAUCUGAAACCUCCAAAAUCAUUGCCAGAAGCAGAGAAGAGAAUAAGGAAAAGAUUAUGGUGGAUUCUUUAUUAUAGAGAUCGGUCCCUUGCAUUUGGUUAUUCUAGACCCAGCAUUAUAAACUUGAAAGAAUGUGAACAUGAUGAUUUAGAACUAGAAGAGCUAAAACAAUCAGGAUUCACGAAGCUCGAAUCAUUGUAUAUAAUCUACCUCGUAAAAUUUGGGAAGCUGUUUGAUAAAAUAAACACAAUACAACAAGACAUAACAAAAAGUUAUUUGAGUGGUAAGCCAGUGCUGCAUCUAAUGAAAAAAUGCGAUUCAACCAUGAUCAAGUUUCUAGGGUCUUUCCCAAAGGAGCUUAAGUUCAGUUUUAAAGAACCAUCUUCCCAAUCUUUUCUUUCAACCAUGAUAAUGUCACAUUAUUAUACUCUAUUAAUAGUCAUACAUAGAGCUAACAUAUUGAGGCAUACAACAGAUAACUACCCCUCUUGGGCUAUAUCUUUUCAAGCUGUAUUGUAUAUCAAAUCAAUGAGUGACUGCUUAGUGUCAAAGCAAAUGAUAUCAAAAGUUGCAGUAUUGUCGCAUAAUACAUUAACCACAUCAGCUAUUAUAAUGCUAUAUCAUUUGCUAAAUGAAGAUCCAAAAGUUUCAGAAAUAGCAAAGGCUUUUUUCCUUAGAGUACUGGGUAUAUGGAAAUCAUCAUACAAAAAAUUUCCUUCUUGCUACCCGAUGCUUUGUAUAUUUGGGAACCUUUACAAUUCGGAACAGUAUUUAAAGGAGGUUGUUAGAUCAGUAGCCCCAAAAGACAAAGGAAGAGAAAAAGUUGAAACCGAAAACUAUGAUAUAGACGAAAAGAGCUCUCGUUCUUUAAAGCUUCCUGAUUUAUCAUUUAUUACACAUCCUAAUUUUGACUCAAACAUGGCUAAUUCGAUCCACAACAAUAUUGACCAAGAUUACAGAAUGUUUUUUAAAAUAGGAAUCGACUUUAAUAAAUUAUUUACCGAUCCUGUUUUCACAGAAGGAUCAUCACUACUACCAAGGAGUGAAGUAAAUAACAUAAAUGGCAAUGAUUUAUUCUCGGAUGUUAAGCCCAAAAUCAGAGUUAAAAAUGAUUCGAUUACAACUUCUAGUAGUUCAGCGAAAACUUCACCACAAUCAACCACGUUGAAGUCACCAGAGACAAAGUUUCAGUAUGGCCAUGAAAACUACACCCCGCCGAGAUAUGAGGUUCCAGCCAUAAAUGUAGCUGUGCCAGAUGAGGCCCCUCAGAAUCAAUGUGAAAAUUUUGGUAAUCAUAUUGAAAAAAACAAAUAUCCUAUUGACCUUUUACAAGCAACCUGGCGGCCUAAAUUUAUCAUAGACGAUAAGCCAAUCAAUUCUAAUACACCCGAUUAUAGCAGUUUCAAUGGCGGUGAAAUCUCUACACACGCAGAAAAUAUUUCACAGGAUAUACUAUUUUCUAGUGGAUAUCAAAUCAUGGGCACAGAUUCAUUUCAUAGCGGAAUUCAGGAAGACAGAAAUUUAGAUCCACAAAGGUGUAAGUAUAAAAACCCGAGUUCCGAAAGUUUUCCUAUGUCAACUACAAAUGUCCCUAAAUUCACCAAUUCUGUUAUGCAAUAUACCAAAAAUACAGAAAUUUCACCUGUCGGUCAGGUGCAGGCAUCGAUGGUUCAGUACGGACCACUGCGAAGGAAUCAAGAAAAUACAUUCCAACCGUUAAAUAUGAAUCCUCAACAUGAUCUCAUUCAAAAGAAUUAUAGUGGCCAAUACCAGCAUCCAGUUUCUACUCAGAACCUCAAUUCUGAAAAUGCAACAGACCAAAUUCUUCAUCAGUCGGACUCCAAUGGCAGUAGUCAGUUGACUCAUCAAUACACAUAUCACCAGCCACAGGUACUACAGGAAUAUAUAACUGGAUGUUUUGACGCAAAUCCAUAUUCGCCGUACCAACAAUACCCUGCAGCUACAGAACAGUUGCUUAAUCCGUAUCAACCACACACUAAUAAGUUGGAUUGA